UUAUAUUAAUUUUUUUUAAUUCACAGAUUUAGAAAUAUGGAUGCUAGUCUUUUACGUCAAAGAGAGGAGUUUAAUAAGCGUGCGCUUGCACGACCUGUCAUAGAGAAGAGAAAACAUCAGAGAGAGGCAGUCAACAAUGACACUUCUGCAGCCAGUGCAAAGAAAAAGCCCAAAAAAUUACAACGGCCUACGUCAGAUAGUAACUCGGUCAAGUCUAUAUCAUCAUAUAGCAGUAGAGCAGGUAUAGGAGGUUCAAAAUUCGGAAAUCUCGCUCAAAUUGUGAACUUUAUGAAAUCGAGACAUCAAGAAGAUGAUAUGUUCCCACUUACGAUUGAUGAAAUAUUAGAGGAAUGCAAGCUUGAAGAUAUUAUAACGCCAGUACAGAAAAACUGGCUGAUAAAUGAAGCAUUACCAAAUAAUCCGAAAAUACAAGUCGUCGACAAUCCAGGCCAGGAACGAAAAUACGCUUUCAAACCGAAGUAUAACAUUCGUGAUAAAAAAUCACUUCUGAAAUUAUUGGAUAGAUAUGAUCAGCGUGGUCUAGGUGGAAUUAUGCGUUUCGAAGUAGAAGAAAGUUUACCAAAUGCAAAGCGUUGUCUAAAGGCUUUAGGGAAUAAAAUCAUUUAUAUAACAAGGCCUGACAAAAAGGAAGUUUUGUUUUACAAUGAUAAAAGUUGUGAGUUUCAAGUCGACGAAGAAUUUCAAAAGUUGUGGAGAAGUGUUGCUAUUGAAUCAAUGGAUGAAACUAAAAUUGAAGAGUACCUUAAUCAACAGGGUAUGUCUUCUGUACAAGAUACAAGAACAAAGCUCAAGCCAGCACAGCCUCGUAAAAGGGCAAAUAACAGAAAGCGCAAAUUUAAAAGACAUAAUGAUCAUAUUAUAGCUGGUGUUUUAGAAGAUUAUUCUGAAAAACAGAAAUGAUAUUUUUAAUUGAUCUAUGUAUAGGCAAUGUAUUCUGCAACGACUGUGCUUAUUUUUAAUAACAAUCGGCUAAGAUGCAAGCUAUAUGCAAAUCAAAUGUAAUUUGCUCAAAGUCAAUUCAAUAUAAUACCUUUUGCUUUUAGGAUUCUAUUUGAAUAAUGUUUGUUUGGAAGUUUUGACAAAAUCAUGACUAAAUUACCAUUAUACACACUAUGAAAAACUGACUGCAGACAAGACUUGAAAACCAGUCAAACUUAAUGUUUUUAAUAUUUUUGAUUCUCACUAAUCUGUUCAGAAAUGUUUCUAUCAAAGUUGUUUAUGUACUUCAUGGAUGACUUUAAUUACCACAUAAUUGAACUUUAUGAUUUUUUUCAGAAUGUAUUGAUUUUUUUUUGCUCCCUAAGGAGUAGGUCUGCAGCUUGUAAAUUUAUCUAUUUGUUCUCAGCCUUCUCAAAUUGUCUUUCGACUUAAUUUGUUUCGACUUGUUGCGAAAUGCUUUCUACCUACAAAUUUGUGCACCCACCUUAACUUUUUAUUAUCUAAGGCAGUGUUUCCCAACCUAUGGGUCACGACCCACGACUGAGUCUCCUGAACAUUUUUAUGGGUAGCUUGUUUUUUCAAAGAAAAUCUAAAAGUUACCAAUUUUAAUUUCUAGUGAAUUUUAUUGUUUGUUUUAUAUUUGUAAUUGAAGUGUCGCUCAAUAGUAAUUGUAUACGUGGGAAGUGUCACAUUGCAAAAACUUUGCAGCAUUUGUUUUGUUUAAGUAGAGCUACCCUACGACCUCACUGGGGCAAACUAACGCAGCUUUCUCACUUAGUCAUGUUUUUUAUUAGUCAUUGAAUUUUGCGGCCAUAAAAGUAUUACAUGCCAAUGAGUAUUUGAACAUAUCCUUGGGUCGCGAGAUUUUAGGAAAUUAAUUUUUUUUAGAAAAUUUGGGUUGCUUGAUAAAAUGUUGGGAACCACUGAUCCAAUGUACCAGGUGUUGUUCUAAAUUUUGCGCUCACGAACCAUUCUUUGUGCAUCACUGGCUACACUGAUAAGAAUAUAAUCAUGCAACACCUCCUUUUUAAUUCUUGAAAGAAUAUAGUACCACCACACUCUUGUAUGUAUCAAUUUAGAAAAUUGGCAUGAUAUUUUUUUAAUGAAUUUCUCAUAGUCCUAUUACAAUUUCAAUUUUGGUAUGAAGUCAUCUCUUUAUAUAUCCUAAUCAGGCUUGUUCUAUUCUAAUAACUGUUUAUUCAAGUCUUUGUUUCACCUCAUUUUAUACACACCUGUGGGCACCAACAAACUACAUUUAUGGGGUAUCGACAAAUUAAUUUCUUUCUCAAUUUAAAAUACCGAUAAUUUAGGACUUUGUUCCUAAUAUCAGAAUGCAAAAUAUGUUAUGGAAUUUAUAUUUCAAUAUGGAAAUGUUCUUGGUUGUACUACACCAAGAUUCAAGAUUUGUAAUUUUAUUCUAAUUAUUCAUUUUCCAAUAGCUGCCAGGCUCUCUCUAUUCUAAUAUUUGCAUACAUUGUGUAUCCAUAUCUUUAAUUCAUUUUUUUCAAG